AAAGCCGCUCCGCAGCGCCGAGGCCAUUAGCCACCCAAGACACCUGGGGGAGCCCGGAACAAGCACUGGGGCGCGCGGCCCGGGGCAUGAGGCUGUGAAAACCACCCCUCCCCACCCCACCCCGGGCAGCCCAGCGCCAGGCCAGCGAUCACCCAAGGACUUGACCGGCUGAGUCUUGGUCCGGACCGGACUCGUCCGGCGGCGGCCGAGAUAAGAGGCGGAGCGCAGCGGCGGGGCCCGGGGGCCCGAGGGCCGGGGGCCCAAAGGGAGGGCAGAGCGGCCCGAGCCGCCGGGGCGCUAUGAUGGUGCACUGUGCCGGCUGCGAGCGGCCCAUCCUCGACCGCUUUCUGCUGAACGUGCUGGACCGCGCGUGGCACAUCAAAUGCGUUCAGUGCUGCGAGUGUAAGACCAACCUCUCGGAGAAGUGCUUCUCGCGCGAGGGCAAGCUCUACUGCAAAAAUGACUUCUUCAGGCGCUUCGGCACGAAGUGUGCGGGCUGCGCACAAGGCAUCUCGCCCAGCGACCUGGUGCGCAAGGCCCGCAGUAAAGUCUUCCACCUCAACUGUUUCACCUGCAUGGUGUGCAACAAGCAGCUGUCCACGGGCGAGGAGCUCUACGUCAUCGACGAGAACAAGUUCGUGUGCAAGGACGACUACCUGAGCUCCUCCAGCCUCAAGGAGGGCAGCCUCAACUCAGUGUCGUCCUGUACGGACCGCAGUUUGUCCCCAGACCUCCAGGACCCGCUCCAGGACGACCCCAAAGAGACGGACAACUCGACGUCGUCGGACAAGGAGACAGCCAACAACGAGAACGAGGAGCAGAACUCCGGCACGAAGCGGCGCGGCCCGCGCACCACCAUCAAAGCCAAGCAGCUGGAGACGCUCAAGGCCGCCUUUGCCGCCACGCCCAAGCCCACGCGCCACAUCCGCGAACAGCUGGCGCAGGAGACCGGCCUCAACAUGCGCGUUAUCCAGGUGUGGUUCCAGAACCGAAGGUCCAAAGAACGCAGGAUGAAACAGCUGAGCGCACUCGGAGCCCGGAGACACGCCUUCUUCCGGAGUCCGCGGCGCAUGCGUCCGCUGGGCGGCCGCUUGGACGAGUCUGAGAUGUUGGGGUCCACUCCGUACACCUACUACGGAGACUACCAAGGCGACUACUACGCGCCCGGAGGCAACUAUGACUUCUUCGCGCACGGCCCGCCGUCGCAGGCGCAGUCGCCGGCCGACUCGAGCUUCCUGGCCGCGUCGGGGCCCGGCUCGACGCCGCUGGGCGCGCUGGAGCCGCCGCUGGCCGGCCCGCACGCCGCCGACAACCCCAGGUUCACCGACAUGAUCUCGCACCCGGACACGCCGAGCCCCGAGCCCGGCCUGCCGGGCGCGCUGCACCCCCUGCCCGGCGAGGUGUUCAGCGGCGGGCCCAGCCCGCCCUUCCCCAUGAGCGGAGCCAGCGGCUACAGCGGACCCCUGUCGCACCCCAACCCCGAGCUCAACGAGGCCGCCGUGUGGUAAGGCCGC